UCUCGCGAGAGCGGCGCUGUGUUUUCGCUAUCGAUAGCAUAGCUAGCAUCUGGGUUGGCUACCUACAUUCCCUGCAGUCUUCCGUCUCUGUUGGACCGCAAUGGACGCCCUCGGAGCCCCAGGCGACGCGGAGAGGCCAGGGCACAGUCCUUUCUUAAUCGGGGUCAGCGGAGGCACCGCCAGCGGCAAGUCAACAGUUUGCGCCAAGAUCAUGGAGCUCCUGGGCCAGAACAAGGUGGACCACCGCCAGCGGAAGGUGGCUAUCAUCAGCCAGGACUGCUUCUACAGAGUCCUGACUCCGGAGCAGAAGGCGAAGGCGCUGAAGGGCCAGUACAACUUCGAUCACCCCGAGGCAUUCGACAACGAUUUGAUGUACAAAACUUUGAAGGACAUUGUGGAGGGAAAGGUGGUUGAAGUGCCAACAUAUGACUUCGUCACCCAUUCCAGGUUGGAAGACAGGAUCACGGUUUACCCAGCCGACGUGGUCCUCUUCGAGGGGAUCCUGGUUUUCUACCCCCAGAAAGUGCGCGACAUGUUUCACAUGAAGCUCUUUGUGGACACAGACUCAGACGUUAGACUGUCUCGCAGAGUUCUCCGGGACAUGAACAGGGGCAGAGACCUUGAGCAGAUCCUCACGCAGUAUACAACGUUUGUCAAGCCUGCUUUUGAGGAAUUUUGUUUGCCUACUAAAAAGUACGCAGACGUCAUCAUUCCGAGGGGAGUUGACAAUAUGGUGGCCAUCAACCUCAUCGUGCAGCACAUCCAGGACAUUCUGAGCGGAGACCUCUGCAAAUGGCAGCGGGGGUCCAUGAACGGCAACGGGCGGGGCUUCAAGCGGGCCAUUUCCGACCAGGGGGACCUGCAGAGCGGUGCCGCCAAUCCCCAAGGAAAGAGGGUCCUGCUGGAGCCCAGCAGUCGGCCUCACUGACGCAUGGGGCGGAUGGACGGACGUGUCCCGACUGUGAAGAUGAGCUUUGAUUCGGGAUCGCUGCUACCGAUUCGAGCAGAGGAGGGGUCGGCAACUGCGACACUGGUCUCACCUUCUCUCUGCAGCCGUUUUUAAAAAUAUCCACAGUAACAAUAUCGCAAGCACUCGGUGCUGCAAACUUCGUAAUUUUAUUGUUAUUGUUGCUGCAUAGCAAAUCUGCUGUUGCUUUUCACAUGUAACAGUCUUCCAUGAUAUCGAUAACGUUUCUUGUUGUUUUAACGGUGGUCAGAUAUUUACUGAAAAGGAAGGUAAUGUAGUCGAGGCGAGGAUGUGUUUUUAAAAUGUGUAAUUUUCCGUUGUGCUUCUGCACUUUGAGUUUGACCUUAUGAGCUUUUGCUUUUUUGUUGCUUUAAUGGAGAUUAAUAUAUUUAUAUUCUAUAUUAUAUUACUAAUACUUAAUGCAUUGUAGUUAUUUGCUGCUUUCCCCGUUUCUGUUUUUAAAUAAUUUAUUAAAAUAGGUCCAGAUGUUUGUGUUAUCACACCUACCUGUAGUUUGAUAUCGAGUGCUUCCUUUUGAUUAUUUAAUGCGGAACACAUGCCUUAACUUUUUCUUCUUAAGUUCAUGUUCCAUGCACCAUUCUGUAAAACAAUAAAUGGAAAUUGUUA